UUACGUCGUUAAAGCAACGUACUGUUAUAUCGAUACUAUUUCGCAGCUAUUGGUAGGAUCGUUAAUGAUCCAACCUAACCUGAAUCUUUAACACGUACGAAUCGAUGUGUUAUUUCGAGUCAUUCGAGCCCAGAAAAAUUAAGAUUUUGCUGAAGAAGAAGUAGAAGCACGGUUACGACGACAGGAUGUCCGGAUACACUGGCCAGGAUAACAAUUAUUGGGUCCCGCCACAGGGCCAGUUCAACUUCGAUACGUCCGGUUUUGGCCAACCUAACCAACAAUUCGAAUUUCAAACAUACGAGCAGAUGCCCGGCGAUUAUUCAUACGGGCAAAACAGCUUCUUGGAUCCUACACAGAAUCCCUACGGCAAUGAUUUAUUCACACAGGACGAUUAUGCGAAAGGUACCACUGGUUUCGGAGAGGAAGAAGAUGAGCCACCUCUGCUGGAAGAGCUUGGUAUCGAUCCCGAUCGGAUAAUGCAAAAGACUUUGGCUGUAUUGAAUCCUUUUCAUAGAAAAGGACAGAUUGACGACGCGAGUUAUCUGCUACAAGAUUCAGAUUUAGCAGGACCUGUGAUGUUCUGCUUAGUCCUUGCGGCGUUUCUUCUGUUAGCUGGUUCAAAGGCACACUUUGGCUAUGUAUAUGGAUUGGCCAUGACAUCCUGUAUACUCAUGUACCUUCUACAAUCUCUAAUGAGUGGCAGCAGUAACAUCACCCUGUCAUCCGUUGCAUCUGUACUGGGAUAUUGCAUGUUGCCAGUGGUGGUUCUGGCAGGACUCGGUGUCUUCACUACAUUGCGAGGCCCGAUGGGCUUGACUUUCGCAAUCCUGGCUGUCACUUGGGCAUCACUCUCUGCUUCUAGACUUUUUUCUACUAUGUCAGGAGAGGAAGACCAGAAACUUCUUAUAGCUUAUCCGUGUCUACUUCUUUAUGGCGUAUUUACAUUGAUAAUUAUAUUUUAA